CCUGUUUCCCUCUUGUUCUCCUGUCUCAUCUCAUUUAUUGUCGAGGCAUUGCAAUGCAUGUUCUGCAAGCUAGGUAUUCCCUCGAAACAAAGCAGAUCACCCUUUCCACAACAAUCCCAGCACAGUCCCACGGCAGGUGCAAUGUAGGUUUGGUGGGGGCGAGUUGAGUGGCUCGAGGGGUUCUCAUCCACGCCCCGCCUUCGUGUUGUACACGAUUCAUUCGUCAACCACAUCCAUCGCAACAUACCUAAAGUUUGUUCAUGACAUGUUGACAAUUGAGGAUCAUCGUGGCCGUUGAGCCUGCAAGAAGCUGAUAAGCUCCUCUUUGGUGGAAAUAUCUUUUGUACCUAUGAGGUACUUUCCGGUCUUGCUCAACACCAUCAUUCAUUUGAGUACAUCUGUCUCUUUGAGGUGAGAGGUCUGAAUUGGGUGACUCAUGAUGUCGGGCCCCGUACGGUACUCUGCGCUGGGUCGAAUAUGUGUUCACAUGCGGGGUGCGGCCAUCGUUACACCAUGGUUACUCCAUCUUUUGGGGACCGACAUCUUGAUUUCGCUGCUUCUUCCUUUGUCCUUCGUUGCACCAAAUGCUGCAUACAAUCUCUCGUCCUGGUUGGCGCAACUGGUCUGGCGGGGCAUCCAGUUCAUCUUUACUCGACUCAACCAAGCUCGCAUCACUAAAUCUGGCGUUGAGUUGCCACCAGAUGAAUCUGCCAUCGUUGUUGCCAAUCAUGUCUCCUGGGUCGACUUCUACCUUAUUCAGGACCUGGCCGACCGAUCAUCCAUGUUAGGUCGAUGUCGCUAUUUCGCAAAAGAGCAAUUGAAGUGGGUCCCCUUCCUCGGUUGGGGUCUGUGGGCCAUGGGUAUGCCGUUGAUUUCAAGACGUUGGAAUCGAGAUCAAAGGGAGCUGGAACGUGUUUUCCGAGGUCCCCGCAGAUAUCAGUGGCCCAUUUGGCUCAUCAGUUACAGCGAGGCCACCAGAUUCACUGCUCACAAACACCUCCAGAUGAUCGAAUGGUGCAAGGCUCAUGGUCGACCGGUCCCCCGUCACACAUUAUAUCCCCGCACCAAAGGCUUCGUGGCAACGGUCAAAGCACUGAGGGAAUUGAGUUCUGUUCGGGCUGUUUAUGAUCUGACUCUGGCCUACGCUCAUGGGAAACAAUUCAUGGAAGCUCCUUCGAUGUGGCAAACGCUCUCACAACCAAGACUAGACCGAGAUUGGCGAUUUCACAUCCACGCGGAACGGUUCGACAUCGAUGACUUCAUCGGCAAGACCGACACUGAGAUCGCAUUGUGGCUGGAGCAACGAUGGAUGGCCAAGUCGGAUACGUUACAGGAAUUGAAGGACAAGCUAGAGAGAGAUAGUGAUUGGGCCAUCGAUUCGGGCUCAAAGUUGCCGAAAGACAAGAAGCAGUGAUACCAGCAUCAAUGGGCGGAUGUCCGGCACAGACGUAAGAAAUGGAUACUGAAAGAGAGGAAGGAGGCUGUGAAAAUGGACAUGUCCCUCGACUGUAGGGGUCCAUCAACACUUGUAUGAUCGCGACUAGUGGAGGGAGAGAAAGAGAAAUCCACACCGUAGCCACGCGAGAGCAUCUCCUACACUUCUGCAUGCAAGGGAGGACGUUGUCAAUGCCAGCAGUUAUGUGGCUGAUUGUGCUCAUUGGUUAAUCUUGGGAUAAGGUGCUAGCUGGUCAAUAUCAUAUUUGGAAUUCAACGAUGCAGACGUAGGAGAGGAUGCAUUUGAGGUGUGGAUCGCCC